AUGCCGAGUCUUUUCUCCCGCCUCAAGGGCAAGGACGGGAAGAAAUCCAAAAAGGGCCAGCUCGAUCUCGACGACCAAUUAGCAAAGAAACCACGAUGGGAGGGCGACGCCUGGGCUCGCAAGACGGUCGACCCUGAGGAGGUGGAGGAAUUGCUUCGAUUUUCUACAGAAGAGCUCAAGGCGCGAGCUCUCGAUCUUCCCUUUUUACUACUUCCCUUCCGACCAACGUCGGACCCGAGUGCUGUUCGCACCUUUGUGCGACACUUUUUCGGCAACAGAGAUGGCGCCCAAACACUGUAUGGAGAGGCAUUGGCGCAGGAGCUGCGCAUGACGGAGCCCAUGGUUAUCUCGGGCGUUGUGAAAUGGUGCUGGAGCAGACUUCCGGGCGGUGUGGUAGGAUGGGAUUCUUAUGAGUUGUUCAGCCUUGGAGAGCAAGACUCGAACCUGGCCAGAGACUCUUUCAAGACCUUUAUUCCGCUCAGCUUUGAGAACAGAAAGGCGCAGGCACAAAUCGUCUUUCACUUUUUCGACCUGCUGUCGGCAGUUGCCGCCCACGGGAAGACGAACGGGUUCGGCGGGCGCAAGCUCUCACGGAUGGCUGCAUGGUGGGCUUUCGAGCAGACCGAAGCCGACAGGGCCAAUGGGUUCGAGGGCGCGUACAAGGCGUGGCUCAAGGCUGCCGAUGCUACAAGCCAUCUUUUCUUUGCAUACCUCAGAUCCCUCGCGCCAGAACCAGUGGUUGGCGGCAUUUCGCUUCUACCCAUGUCGUUGCAGAAGCUUCUCCAGGAGACCGAAUACCCGCCGCAGAGGCCCCAUCUCUUGCAAACAUCUACUUACAGGGUUGCCAUGAUAGUCGAUACUGUUUCACCAACACCGUUUGCCCUCUUGAGACGAGCCAACCACUUCCAAUACCGCGACGACGACCGAGCUUUGAAGCAGUGGUCUGAAUACGAGGAUCCCAUCAAGGCCCUGACCGAGGAGUGCGUCAGAGUUCUUCGGGCCAUCUCGGCCGCGAACCAGUCACACGCCGUUUCGAGUUCGAAACACUCCACCAGUCUUCGUGACGCUUCGUGGUCUCGAUUUGAGGACAUUGGGUUUGCGAGUGCUCUGGAGGAGGAAGACGAAUUGGACGACUCGCUGGCAGUUCAACGACGACAGCAGGGAAUGCGGAACACGCCCGCCUCUGGCAACGACUUAGGACGGCCAACAACACCAUCCUGGGCCGACUUUUUGUCUUCGGGUUUCGUUGACGAGAAGAACAACACGAGCCACUUGCUGCCGCCUGACAAGGUCCUUCCCCCCAUCGAGACGAACCUCCGCCAACGCAGCUCGCAGUCCCACAGACCGAGACUCGAGAACGAAAACCAUCUUGAACCUGGCGAGCUCGCUAGCAUCACCCGCUUCGAUCUUGAUGAUGCUUUCUGGUGGGUUUGGCUGACCAGUUUGGCUCCUGAGGAGACUUCGGAAAGGAAGUCUACUUUUGGGCGCUGUGCCGUGAUUGAGACUAUUAUUCGAGAUGGUCGCUGGUUGGUCAUGGAGGAAAUCGUCAAGGGCGCUGCCCCUGAUCCGGCCGAGGGAGCCUACAUUGCGGAGAAGAAGGGCUUCUUCAGUUGGACCCGCCGUUCCAAGACUUCUGGCCUGAACAGGAGAAAGUCGACCGCAGGAAAGCAUGCUUUGGAAAAGAGCGAUAAUUACCUGAACACGAGCUCCACCAUGGGCUUCAGCAAGACCAGCAUUGGCCCUGACCAGCAAGCCAAGAUUCAGGCAGCUGCGCAACAGCUCCAGGCCCAGGAGAGGCAAAAGGCCCAACCCCAGGCCGUGGAGCGGAGGGGGAGGAGCGAUGCCGACUACAUGCACGAGAAGACCAACAGCGUCUUCACACUGCAGGCGAGCAUCCUUAAUGAGGCGUCUCCGGCUGUCAAGUGGGCGAACAAGUAUGACAAGGACGCGAUUAGAGAGGCCUAUUUGGCAGAUAACAGCGCCGGCCGUGGCGGUAGCACAGCUUCUAGCGUCAACGGAAUCACUCCUCCUGCUGCAAAUGGCAAUGAGCGUCCUCCUCAGCCGCCUCCCAAGUCAACACCGCAACCUCAACCUGCCCCGAUCACUAUCCCCGCACCCGCUACUGUUACUCCUCGGACAGAAACGCCGACCCCAGAGACGCCCAGGGCCACAGAGAAGGAGCUGGAAGCACCCAAAGAUGUCCACCCUGUCGAACGGGUAUCUGACGGUGGAGGUCGUAGCACGCCUGCGCCUCCACCCAAGCCCAAGGAUCAGGUCGCCAACGUCACUAGCAUGGAGUUGACUCGUGAGCAAAUGGUUUCGCCCGAGCCAGAUAGCCCGGAAAGGAAGCAGAAUAAGCUGCAGAAGGAAUUAUCCAAGAGUCCCACUGCUACCGGCGGCUUCAGGAAACUGUUUGGUCGUGCUAGGAGGUCAUCCAAGGUGCCUGAUAGCGCUCCUGAGCAGCUCAACACCAUGCUUGCUUCCCCAACAGCUGCCGCUGCCGCUGCCCCCGUCAAGGCCGUCGCCCCUGAGCAACCUCCGAAGCAGGAAACUCCUCAGCCAUUGCCCCCCAAGGUUGAGCCGGCUACGGCCCUUCCUGCUCGCAAGGCGGUUCCUCCCGCGGCGGCUCCUGCUGCCGCCCCAGCUCCCACCCCAGUGGCUGCUGCUCCUGAGCCUCAGACCGAACCCACCUAUGAGCCGUCUGUUCAUGAGGAUGUGUCCCGCGUCAACACUCGGGAUGCUGCCGCUGCCAGCGAGGAGUUCUCCCGCUUUGAUCAGGGACCUCUCCUUGACCAGCCCGCGUUUGUUCCGGAUGAAGAGGACACCGACACUGAUGAUGCCGUGCCCCCUCCUAUUGCCCGGCACUCGUCCCGCUCCCCUCUGCCAUCGCCUGCGUUGCCACAAGCUCCCAAGCAACAGGCACCCGCACCUGCACCUGCGCCAGCUAAGCGUCAGCUUCCAGCGCCGGCGCCCGCCGUACCCGAGGCGAUGGAUCGCUGGGCUCAGAUUCGUAAGAACGCUGCUGAGCGCGCGGCCCAGCGUGGCCCGGCUUCUCCUGCCUCUCCACCGCCGCCAGUAUCGCCAGAGAUGCGGAGACCUGCUCCCAGGUUUGCCAGAAAGGACGAGACCGAUGGGGACACCAGCGGUGAAGAGACUAUCGAGUCCCGGGUAGCCCGCAUCAAGGCCAGAGUGGCCGAGUUGACCAGUAAUCAGGAAGGCAUGGGCGGACCAGGUGCUCGCUCACCACCGCCUCCGAUUCGUCGUUAG